GGUGAGACUGAGCAUUCGUGAGUCAGACUUGCAAGGGUGAGGACGCGCGACAUUUCUCUCCCGCCCAUAAUUGUUAAAAAGUGGAUUUUUACCCUCCGUGGGGGGCUGAAGGUGGAUAAUUUGGGUGUGUGAGUGCGGCGGGCGCCAUGUUGAGUGCGUGGAUAUUACUACUCGCUGCGGCGGUGGCGGGGGUCACUUCUAAAGAGACAGAUGCAGUUCCUCAGUUUGACUUGGUUCGCCUGUCAGAGGGCUACCAUGGGCUUGUGGCUGAGGACACGACCCUGGUGGAGAUGCAGCCCCCUAUCCGCGCCCUUCCUGACGUGUGCACCUUCAGGAUUGUCAACAGGCACCACGGGGAGGCGCCCUUUGUCAUUCGCCUUCGAGAUGACAUGACUGGCGAGGCGGAGCUGAUGGCCAAACAUUCAUUAAACUGCGAGAAGAGAAAGAAUUAUAAGUUCGACAUUACUGCCAUUUCAUGCACGGGAGUCGAGUCACAGAAUGUGACGGUGCACGUGAAGGUCAGUGAUGUCAACGAGUACGCUCCGGUGUUCGUUGAGCCCUCCUACGUGAAAGACGUGGACGAGGGGCGGCUGUACGAAGAGGUACUCACCCUGCAGGCAGACGACCAGGACUGCUCUCCGAAGUAUGGGGACAUCUGUCGAUACGAACUGCUGACUAGAGACCAGCCCUUCACCAUAGACAGUGAGGGAGUGAUCAGAAACACGGAACCUUUGGAUUAUGAGAAGAGUCACAACCACAUCUUGUCCGUGGUGGCGUACGACUGUGGCAUGAAGAGGUCCCAGCCCGUCAUGGUCACUAUCAAGGUCAACAGGGUGUGUCGCAUUGGCUGGAAGGGUAUCCCGGAUCAGGUGGAGUACUCACCGGGCUCAGGCAGGCAGGAGCUGUUCCCGGCCGCCUCCCUGGAGCUUUGCAAUGUGCCCUGCAGGGUGGAGAGGGUGCAGGCCCGUGUUACCCUCACCACCACCCACAUUGGCAAGGGCUGUGACAGGGACACUUACUCUGUGGCGGCCCAGAGGAAGAUGUGUGGCGCCAGCUCAGCCAGUGUGGAGCUCUUGCCAGCCCCAGGAGCAGGGAGGGAGUGGACUGCUGGGCUCCACUCAGAUGAGGGACAUGAAGGGGACUUGAUUUACCAGUUUGAGGGGGACCAUUCAGGCGCUGUGGUUCCUGAGUCGGUCCUGCACCACAAUCUGACUAAUAUCUUCACUAUCUCCACCUGGCUGAAGCACAAGAGUCACCCUGGCAUGGAUAAGCACGUGAAGGAGCACAUUCUCUGCACGGCUGACGACCACAAGAUGAACCGCCACCACACGGCUCUCUUCGUCCGCAACUGUCGCCUCAUCCUCCUCCUCCGCCGGGAGUCUACCGAGGCGAACCUGAACACCUUCCAGCCGGCAGAGUGGAGGUGGAAGCUGUCUCAGGUGUGUGACAACGAGUGGCACCAUUACUCUCUCCACGUCAACUUCCCGGAGGUGACCCUGUACGUGGAUGGUCACCUCUUCCGCCCUGAGAAUGGAGAGUCGCCGGAAGUGAUUGAUGAUUGGCCGCUGCACCCUACCCGGGGCAUUAACACCACUAUGUCCGUUGGCGCUUGUUGGCCAGGCUAUCACUACAAUCAUGAAAACAUCCUUGAAAACUCCUGUAACAUCCACAAGACCCAUAAAACUGGAGGACUUGAAUCCACUCCAUUUCAGCUAGAGAGAGCCAUCACAACCUCUUCUUUUGCAGGGUCUGAAGGCAGCAUGAAGCACGGCCUGACUGGCUACCUGGCGGGGCUGUCAGUGUUGGUGGGAGGCCUGGAGUCCCCCCGAGUGUUGUCCUGCCUCACACGCUGUCAGGAGGCCUUGGAUACCCCUCCCAUGGAACUCCUGCAGCCUAGCAUGGAGCUGUUGACAAAUAAUGAAAUGACACAGAUCACCAUCGAGGGGGAAAACAUCACCAACAUGGAGACGCUCAUUCACCGCAUUGCCUACAUCAACAGCCGGGACUUCCCCACACCAGGCCGGCGACCCAUCUCUGUGGUGGCGAACAUCCUGUGUGACUCAGGCAAAUCAUUCAAGGUGGACCCUGCACAGAGCUUUGUGAUGGUGAUGCAGCCCCACCAGCCCAGCAUUGAGCUCAACGGCACCACCAACUUUGCCGAGGAGUACGAGUCGUUCCGCCAGGGUCUGAGGGUCUUCCCGGAUGUCAGCAUCUACCUCUCACCCCGCUGCGGAGGAGGCCACGGCACCCACUCCCGGCGGCAGCUGGAUGAGUGCAUCGUGUCAGUCUACCCUUCUCUCAACCCAGACCACGAGACGCUGCUGCUGCCUGAUAACCUCAUUUCCGAGCUGGGUCUUGCGUCCUCCACCACCAGGCAGGGCGCCACCAUCUCUGGAGCCCACACCACACGCCACUACCAGUCCAUCCUGCGGCAGAUCCACUAUGCCAACCGCAAGCCAGCCUACUACCUCAACCGUGCCUUCAAGCUGUCCUGCUCGGAGCUCGGCGGGAGGUUCACCAGCAACGAAUAUGUGCAGACGGUGACGGUCAUCCACCCCCAGCUAAGCGUGGAGGACAAGACACCAGACAUGAUUGACCCAAGCACCCCCACCAACCACAGCCCCCUCUCCAGCCCCGUCCUGCCUGCCCGCCCACCCCCACGGCCAGCACAGCCCCAACGGAGGACCCCCUGCCGCACCACAACCCCCCGCCAGCCCCAGCACACGCCAGAGUGUCGGCGCACCAUGUGGAAGUGCCACGCAGUCACCAUCAUCAUCGUGGUGUGUGUGGGCUUCCUGGUGUUCAUGGUGGUGCUUGGUGUGAUCCGCGUGAGGGCAGCACACACCCGCGGCGCCAACCAGGACCUGGCUGACACUGAGAUGGCUUGGGACGACACCUCUCUCAACAUCACCGUCAACCCAAUGGAGCAACAGCUCGGCAUGCCAGAGACGCAGCAGCUGAGGGACGAUGACGACGAUGACGACGACUCCUCAGACGACGGCAGCAACUUCAACGAUGACCUUGACUCAUCGGACGAAGAGGAAGGGAAACCAAAAGAACUUGAGUGGGACGACUCGACCCUCAAGAUGUAGAGCUCCUGUCCCUCCCACUCCCUCUCUCCAUCCCUCUCACUCACCCCCACUCGCCGCCCACCUCUCUGCCAUCACUCCGUCUGUCUCUAACCAACGCUGAUGUGGUGUUUGUGGGCUGUGGUUGUGGUGUGGUGGUGUGGUGGAGGGUGCAGGAUGGAUUGCACUGGGUACUGGUCUGUUCUCUCAGCCGUUCAUCUCGCUCACAGUUUGCAGUAAGAUUUUUCAAACCAUUUUUCAUUUUACGUUUCUCCCAAAAUGUUGAAGUGUUGAUGCUAAUUUAUUGCUUGGUGUAGAUUUGGGAGGUGAUGUAAUUCGGUUAAUCAGUCAGUGAACUGGUCAGUGGAAUGAAUUAGUCAGUUAAUUAGUUAAUCAGUGAAUCAGUCAGCCAUUCAGAUAUAUUGUCUAUUCCCAAAUCAAGUCAAUAAAUCAAUAUAGUCCAAUUAAUCACCAGUUAUACAAGCCAGUGAGUGAGUCAGUGAGUCAAUCCAUCCAUCCAGCAGCACCCAUGCACCUCGCCACACACACACACACACACAGCCACAGAGCAACGCGUGACAAGACCAGCGACGGCGCCGAGGAGGAUGGCAAGGCUGAUGGCAGGGUCGGCAGAGGUGACGGCGGCAAUGGUGGUGGUGGCAGAGUCGCCGCUGCUGGUUAUCAAUUCCUAAAGUCAAGUGGUGGCAUUUUGUAAUCAGCUUUGGUGUCCUACAAAACACGUACACACGAUGGCGUCAUCAUACCUAUGUACGUACACUCCACACUAGGCGCGGCUCACGGCGGCGGCGACACCAGUCCUAGAGUCACAAAGUGGGUCGCUACACACACACAGACAUAAACACGUACAUGCACACGUACACACACAGGGUCCCCUCGCCAUGUAGGACAGAAGGAGUCAGGAGCAGUAGGAGUGUUUAGUGCAGGCCAGCCCCGCCACGGCCUGCAAGGCGGUGGCGGCGGUGCAGGUCAGAGCGAGGGCCGUUAACAUAUCUCAACCUGCCUCUAUGAUUUGGUAUCGUUACGUUGUAGCUUAAGAACAAAUCUAGGAAAGGUGUAUGUACUUAUACUAGUGUACGUGUAGUCAGUCAGUCAGUCACGGUGAACUGUUUAGUCACAAGCUAUGUAAAAAAAAAAUAUACAAUAAUUUUGCUAAUCUUAAUCUUUCUAAGGUGCCACCCGUAGGCUGCGGCGGAGCGGUGGUGGUGUGGCGGCGCGUGGCGCGGCGCGGCACGGCAGUGGCGGCGCGUCCCGGCUGGCGGCCACGCUCCCAAGGUGUAUUAUUAAUCAUUCACGAUAUUUAUGUAUAGCGCCGGCACGCAGCAGCAGCAGCAGCAGCAGCAGUGAGUGGCGCAGGCGACACAGCGGCGCCCCACGGCCUUAGUACUGAGGGCAGGACGCGGCGCGGCGGUGUGGCCCUCAGGUACCCGCCACCCUCACCCCGCCCGCCUCCCGCCGCCCCGCCCCGCCCCGCCAGGCCACUGCCACGCCGCCUCACUCAGAACUAACACAUAUCACGGCUUUUAGGUUACUCGCAUUUUGUUACUCGUUUGGUUAGGUUACUUUUACUGGUUGGCUGUACGUGUCCCUCGCGAACCCCGCGCCCCGGGCAGCCCCGCGCAGGCCGGGGCCAGGACGGGACGCGGCGGAGGCGAGGCUGGCCGCGGCGGGGCGUGGCGGCCCAGCACCGAAGCGCCCCCCCACAGGCCAGCCCUGCCCCUCCUCCCCCCCAGAGCGGUAGACGCCAUUGCUGACAUGUCUGUAUAAAGGUGAUGGUGCAGCUGUACAUUUUGGACUCGCUUCUUGUCCCGCGGUGUGACUCGAGCCAAACUGGUUGGUGUUGUGUUGGUGUGCGCAGGACACACCAGCGCCCCGCUGCUGCACCCUGCCCCCCCACCCCACCCCCUGCCCCAUCGCGGCCGCCUCCUCCAGGGAGCGACGCCCCCGCCACGCGGCACGUCCCACCUCACCCAUCGCCUCGCCUGGGCCUCACCACCCCGAGAUGUAACCAUUGCCACGCCGCCAGGGCCUGGAGGAGGCUCCCCUGCCCCCCUUUUGUAAAUUCACUCUGUACAAUGCGUCCCCCCUUUCCCCUCACCCUCCUGCUGCCCCUUCACGCCCCCCCUACCCUUGGCACCAUUGUACUGUAUACACACCCACCAGGAUGUCACCACCACGCUGUUAGAUGAUAACAAUCAAAAGAGUCAUCCUGCGCCUCCUGGACCGUCGCCCGGGGACAUGCGGCGUCGCGCGAGCGUCCCCCCACACCCCCCAACCCCUCACUUUCCACCCCUCACCCCAGGGCUCCGUCAGUGUCACGGCCGCGGCAGGCAGCUGACGGUGCCGGGCCGCCCCUCCCCGCCCCGCCUGGUCAUGCUUCGCCACGGGCGUGGUAGGGCAGGGUGGGGCGGGCGGGGCGGGGCCCGGCAGUAGCAGGGGGAGCAGCGCCCCCUUGACUGUAACAUUCCGUUGUAGGUCACGUGUUUAUAUCAAGUGUUUGAUGAAUGAUAGACUUAAUAACGACCGGGAUAUAUAUAUAUAAAGAAAUAACUAUAUAUACAUACAUACAUACACACAUACAUACAUACAUACAUACAUUCACGUACACACACACACACACACACACACACACACACACACACACACACACACACACACACACACACACACACACAUAAA